ACCGCUCGGUCACGGAGAAUGAUUUCUAGGCAUUGUAUUUAGUCAACGGACCGUGAACUUUUACCUCUUAUUUAAGAGCAAAGGAGUCAGGAAAGUUGUGCCAAACAUACAACCGUCGGAUCCUACAAAACCAGAACUAGAAUGCAGUCCUAUUUGGGGAUACUGCUAGCAUCUUCUUUGUUCUCAGUGAUUGCAUGCCACAGCCACAUGUGUAACCACACCCAGCUUAGGACACAAGUCGUAGAAUGUGAGAAGUCCUUCUUCAAAGCCAUGGUUGACAACAAACAAGCCGACUGCAAAUCUGAGUACGAUAAAAUCGUCUCGUGUGUUGGAAGUCUCGCCAAGAAUUGUCACCCGCAUCUGCCUGUGGCUGUGGUCGAUAACCUAGUCUCGCUAGUGUUUAACCAAAUGAAGGGCCACGAAUUCUACUGCGAGAAAAAUGUCAUGACUUUUCACUGGCAAAACAUCCCAAAAGCUUUAAAGGAUAACAUGCCUUGUAAAAUGGAAUUCUACAAUAAGUCAGCGGAGUGCGCACAGGACUUUAGGGAAAUCUUUAAUGGCGACCCAAGGAACUACGGAAUAUGCAGUGCUUUUGACGGUGCAAGGCUAUGCAUCGGCAAUCACGAGAAGGCCCACUGUUCCGCAGCCCUUGGCGGCCCGAAGUAUCCGUAUCCUCACAAGUGCCCUCCUAGCUCAGCCACCGCGCCUACUCAGCUUGGUAUCCACGCCUUGUUGGUUCUUUUUAUCGUUACCUGGUUACUGUAGAAGCGUCACGUUAUAACACACUGGGUCCGAUUUGUGUGUAAUCUCAUUCUUUGCACAAGUUGAGUGAGUCUUGAACAGAGCUUUAAUAUGGGGUACCAGGCUCGCUUGAGGGUUCAAAUUAUGUAGUCGCCUGCAUUCGCACCUUGGUAAAAAAAAAGGCAUAAAACGCGCUAUAUCAUGAUACGCUUAUAGUGCUGCCCUGUGGUAUGAACCGUCGGUAACCAUUCGUGGUUCCAUCGGCAAAAUUUCGGCGCAGAGUCGGGCAACCGCCUUAGGUAAUACUUUUUUCGCACUCUUAAUUUAUUUGUUGCUAGAGAAUUUUAUAUCCAAACACAUACAGUAUUAAUUAUUGUAGUUUAUAGUUAUUGAACUAGCGCGUUCAGGGGCGGAUCCAGGACUUCAAAAUGGGGGCGGAUAAUGGUCGGAUUGACGGCUUAUAACUGAUCCAGUGGUUCUUGAUAUGUCACUACAUAGAUCUUACAUACUUCACACUGAAUUGGAUUUGUCGCGUCAGCAAAGUCAAGCAGGCAUGGGAGAAUGGACAGUACCUCCCGUCCCUCAGGCAUUUAUUUUCUUCAAACAAAGUGACUUUUAAUUUUUUUUUCUCAAAAAGGUGGGGUGGAUAUCCACCUCCCUGAAUCCGCCCCUGGCGUUUAAUAUUAGGUUACUUGCAUAUGUAUGUUUUCACAAGAAAAUUGCUAAAACCACUUUAUUCGCUUCCCUUUAAAAGGGGCCUCUUACAUUUACUACUCAAAAGGAGAGCGGAAGCCUACUUGGAUGAUUCAAAAUCUAUUUUAUUGUUCCGUCGGAAAUUAAAGUACUAUAAAUCCUUUGUUUAGCAAUUGAACCAUUCUAGAUCUUUUGUUAUACGUUUUCGUUGCUAAGAAAUGAAUGUCACGUAGUUAGAAAUGAAAAUAAAUGUAGUUAAAACGAAAAAA